UACAGUAAGGGAAGGAACAGAAUGCAGAAGGGUGGAUGACUUCGAAGUACAUAUCUACCAGUUUGUAUUCCUGGGUAUUUUAAACAAUGUUAUACAUAUUUAGCGUAUAAAGCUUCGCGUACGUUUGAGAGUUCAAACGCCUACAAAAUAGAUGUGCAGCUUGACAUAUGUCACGAGUAUUUCAAGGGCAUUAAGCAAAUAUAAUUUAACGUAAGCGGUAGAAACUUAGUUACUGGUAGCUUUAGGAAGGAAGUGAGUUGUUUGCCAGGUUGCAAAUAUAGAGUAAAAAUGACAGUCGCGAUCAGUGUGUAUAUUUUAAGGCUAUGUAAUUUGAUAUGAAUUCAAUUGUAUACGUGUUAUUUAAUAUUUACAUUUGGUAUAAUAUUAAUAAUACAGUAUAGUACUUUCUUGUAGUGUUUAGAUGAAUAUCAUCAAUCCACUUAUUUUGUUCGUAUUUUUGUUUACAGUUAUUUUCUUUGAAAGCGUGUUUUAUAUGCACAUAGGUUAUGUUUAUUUUACAAAAUCGCAUUUUGUAAUCGUGUAUAUUAGUUUUAUAGGAAAUUAAUAUUUAUAGUCCCAAACAGUAGACAUUUCAUUGAGCAUGGGUAUUUGGGCUAGAGUGGGUGCUAUAAACACAGCAGGGUGCGGUGCUGUUUUGUACUGGCUACAGAAGAAGACGGUAGUACAGGCAGAUGUUGGUCGUGCACACCCUUCUCCGUAUGAACUCAAACUGGUUCAGGUUUUGUUCAGACAUGGGGCCAGGACUCCGUUGAAAUCGAUACCGGACGUACAAGAGGCCCAAUGGGUUCCAAACCUUUUGAAGGAUCCUUCUCACACAUCUAUGAAUUAUGUAGUCACUGACCUGAGUGGUGGCCCCAAACCACCCUCCCUGAUUGAGGACAGCUACAGAGCGCACACACUUACGGGAGGGACAUUUCCUGGUCAGCUUACCACUUUAGGAAAGCAGCAGCUGUACGAUCUGGGAGAGCGAAUAAGAAAAACGUACAUAGAGGAGUUCAACUUUCUCUCCCCGAUCUUCAGGUCUUCAGAAGUCUAUGUCCGUUCCACUAACAUUGUACGAACCAUUGAAUCUGCAAUGUGCUUGCUGGCUGGGUUAUUUCACCAGAAGCAGGAAGGAGUAGUGAAAAUCCUAACUUCUGAAGCAGAGACAGAGAUUUUAUACCCCAACUACCAUGGCUGUAAACUGUUGAACCUACUGAGCAGACACAGGUGGACUGAGUCUGUUCUACUCCCUGACAUUGCUGAGGAUCUGAAACGGAUACAGAGCUUAUUGGGGAUCGUUGGGCACAAACAUGUAGAUUUCAUUCAAAUACGGGAUGACCUGGUGGCCAGAGAGGCCCAUGGUUUACCAUGUCCCACCAUGCUGAAGAACUGGCAGAAGACCAUUGAAGAGCGAGCUGUGGAAAUGGUAUAUUACAUCUAUGAGCCAAGUAAAAGUGAAAACCUUCAGUUGUCUGUUGGACCAUUGCUUCACACCUUGAUGACCAAUAUUGAGAAGAAAAUUGAGAAGUCUUCAGAUGAUUCCCGAAAGCUGUACUUGUAUUCAGUACACGACACAACUCUGAUGCCCUGUCUGAUGGCGCUCGGCAUCUUUGACAUGAAAUGGCCUCCAUACGGUGCGGACAUCGCCCUGGAACUGUAUGAGCACCACUUUUCCAAGGAGGUCUACAUCAAAGUGUCUUAUAUCGGUCAGGAUCAGCUUGUCAGAGGCUGCAGUGAUGUCUUCUGCCCACUGAAUGAAUUCAGAAAAGCUCUUUUACCCUACAUGCUGGAUUCCAAGGGACAUGGUGCGCUCUGUAACCAAACUGAAAAUAUUACUAAAUGAAUAGUGGUUUAUUUGAAAUUUAGUAUUUAUUCAUUUUCAGACAAUACCAGAUCUUGGACUUGGGAAGACAACGGUAGUGCAAGUCAGGGUGUGUGCAUCCAUGUCAGUAUUUUUCUUUUCAUAAUUUUUGGCAUCUUGCACUGAAAUAACAAAUACACUGGGUGAUAUUUUCAGUAGCACAUAUAGGGCUUGAGUGUUUACUUUGAGUUUGAUUUAAAAAGUAUAACUUAAAACACUCAAUGAGAUCACUUUACUGUGGUGUUUUGCCUGUUGCCUGGUUACCUGCUUACUGUACAGUUUUAAAGAUUGUAAAUCGACCUUGCUAUACAGUGCAUAAGCAGUAAGACACGGCAGGGUGUUGGUUGUGGUAGAAUAACCGCACCACCCAGCCUGGAUUGUCUUAUUGCGCUUAUAAAAUGGGUUAGUAGUUUUUAGAAAUAAAGAAUAAAUAUUUUUUCCUAAAUAUUUUACUAUGCUAGGAAAAAUAGUUCCAAUAAAUGUAAUAGUUCCAAUGAAUUUAACAGAUAUAAACAAAUUGUUUUUUAAUACUACAUUAAUUCAAAUAAAUUAAAUAAAUUAUUAGAGUAUUUUGAAUAUUUUUAAAUAAAAACUGCUGCGGUCUAAAUCCUCCAGCAAUGUGUGGAGAUAAAAUUUACAUGGAGGAAGUCUGACAGCGUAUUGUUAUUUUGUUUUUAUUAGGGAAAAAAUAGAGGUUCUUAAAUGCUUGCCGGGACUUGUUUUUACACGUUGGUUGUACUGUAGUAACUCAAUGGCUUGGAAUGCCUAUCAACCAAUCAGAACGCAGAUAUCUCUCAACCCAUUUUAUAGAGUAAUAAACAAUUACCCUUAAUAAUAAAUGCAUAAUAUAGUAAUCCAUGUGAUGGAAACUGAAUUAAAACCACGUGCUAGAACUAGGUUUCUAUCUGGAUUGUAAUGUUAUGACCUUUUUUAUGUAACAUCCCAGGAAGUUAUUACGUUAAUCAUUUGUAUUUGUGGCAUAAAUGCAAAUCUAUUUUACAUUGAUUAAGGUGUCAGUUAAAGCAACUAAUAACUUGAAUUAGAUUCUUAUAAUUUUACACGAUUGACAUUUAUGUAUGCAGUACAUACAAUAUAAGUAUUGUUUUCAGUUAAAAAUGUAUGCUAUACAAAUAAUGAUCCAGUUCAAAAACCUGAAGACUGUAGUGUCACUUUAUGUGAUGUGCUUGAUAGCACAAUGGGUAUUUUGCAAGUGACCAAAAAUUGAAUAUUUGCUGUGGAGCGACUUAGGGCAGAUUUCCAGAAAUUAAAUGGUCUGUUGCGACAUUAUUCUUUUUUCCCUAUAUGUAACUGAAUCCUGUGUAGGCCUAUAUAUUUAAGCAACUUUAGUCUUCAGUAUUUUUUUAAGCAUUGUAAGAUGUGAUCAGCAUUAAAAGAUUAUAUUGUUUAAGACAGCGCUUAAAUGAAAAAGAUGGAUGCAAAGUAGGAAACAUUAGCCACACUUCACAAGUGGGACUAUGUAGGCUUGGAUACACAUGGAUGACAUAAGAAUGUCAGUAGGCAAGUUAAUUUAUGCAAAUGUAAACAGAAUCCAUGGUCACUAUGUCAUGAUUAGCAGUUACACAAUUCCCAUCUGGCAGCUCCUUGUCCUUUACCUGGGGAUAGUGGAGUAUGUUUUUUCUUGUCAACACUACUGCUCCAGUCUGACUAUUGCAAUGCAUGUAUAUUGUUUGUGUGUUUGCUAAAAGCAUGCACAAUUACAUCAAGAUAUCUUGAAUAUGGGUCCUGUAAGCACAGAACCCAUACACAGGCAGUCCUCACACUUACGACGCAAUUGGUUCCUGAAAGUCACGUCGUAAGUCAAAGCACAUUUUCCCAUAGGAACAAGGUUAUAAAUCAGUGUUACG